ACAUUAUAGCUUUUUCUUUGAUCAAUAAUUUUAAAAAGUGAACAUUUAAUAACCCAAGAUUCAACUGAAGAUGAAACAACGGUCAAAGGCGGCUCCUUGUGGAAAAUUAAAGGAACUCGAAACUAGAUUUUGGAACUUGAAUAAUUCUUCCUCAUAUCAUAGUUGAUCAUCAUCUUCAAAAUUUUGCCUUCUUCGAUGGCAUCAGCUGAGAAUCCAUUGCUGCAAGACUUCAUUUUCCCGCCAUACGAUGUGAUAGAGCCUAAUCACGUCUGCCCCGCAAUUCAAACCUUGCUCAUCCAACUCGAGAAGGAUUUGGAUGAAUUGGAGAAAACAGUGGAGCCCACAUGGGCAGGAUUGGUUGUGCCUCUGGAGAAGAUGAUAGAUAGGUUAUCAGUUGUUUGGGGGAUUGUGAAUCAUCUCAACUCUGUCAAGGAUUGCCCUCAGCUUAGGGCUGCAAUUCAACAAGUUCAACCCAAGAAGGUUGAAUUCCAGCUGAAAUUGAGACAGAGUAAGCUCAUAUACAAGGCCUUCAAGGCCAUCAGAGACUCUCUGGAUUGGGGAAAGCUGAGUGAAGCGCGCAAACGAGUAGUCGACUUGAAGUUGAAAGAAGCAGUUUUGUAUGGAGUUUCUCUCGAAGAUACCAGUCGAGAACGUUUCAACGAAAUAGAGCAGGAGCUAGAAAAACUUGCUCAAAAGUUUGAAGAGAAUAUUCUAGAUGCAACAAAAAGUUUUGAGAAAGUUAUUACAGAUAAAAAAGAAAUAGAAGGCUUGCCUUUGACCACCCUUACUAUAGCUGCAGAGGCUGCCAUUGUCAAGGGAUAUGAGAAUGCCACAGCUGAUGAUGGUCCUUGGAUAAUUACGUUGGAUGGCCCAGUUUAUCGAUCUGUGCUGCAACACGUUUGCAGCAGAUCCUUGAGAGAGGAAGUUUUCCGUGCAUAUGUGACUCGUGCAUCGGAUGGACCUCUGAAUAACACGCCUAUUAUUGAACGCGUUUUGGAACUCAGAUUGGAGAAAGCAAAACUCCUUGGCUUCAAGAACUAUGCUGAGGUGAGUUUAGAGAUGAAAAUGGCCACCGUUGAUACAGCAAAGGAUCUUAUUGAGAAGCUUCAUAAGGCUUCUUGGGGUCCUGCCAUUCGGGAGUUGGAGGAGCUGCGAGACUAUGCCAGAGGGCGAGGUGCUCAAGAGGCGAAUGAUUUGAAUCAAUGGGAUAUCAAUUUCUGGAGUGAAAGGCUUCGAGAAUCAACUUAUGACUUCGAUGAGGAAGAGCUACGCCCUUAUUUCCCUUUGCCAAAGGUAAUGGAAGGUCUCUUCAACCUGUCGAAAAAGCUAUUUGAGGUAGAUAUUGAGCCAGCUGAUGGCACAGCUCCGGUCUGGAACAAAGAUGUCAGCUUCUACAAAAUCAGAGAUUCUUCAGGUGCUCCCAUUGCCUACUUUUACUUUGAUCCGUACUCUCGUCCCUCAGAGAAACGCGGUGGUGCAUGGGCCGAUUUAGUUGUUGGCAGGAGUGGUGUGUGCUCGAGUGACAUUACCCGUCCCCGGUUACCAAUCACAAAUGUUGUUUGCAAUCUCACUCCACCAACAAGGGACAAGCCAAGUCUUAUGACCAUACGCGAGGUUGAGGCGGUAUUCCAUGAGUUCGGCCACGCACUUCAGCAUUUGCUAACCACACAAGACGAAGGCCUAGUAUCCGGCAACAAAGGGAUAGAAUGGGAUGCUGUGGAGAUUCCUUCUCUCUUCAUGGAGAACUGGUGUUACCAGAGGGAAACCAUAUUGAGCAUCGCCAAGCAUUAUGAAAGUGGAGAACCUCUACCAGAAAACACGUGCUUGAGAAUUCUUCGAGCAAGGACGUUUAGGGCAGGUACCCUACUGCUUCGUCAGCUGCGCUACGCUGCUGUGGAUUUGGAACUACACUCAACCUAUGUUCCGGGGGGACUAGAGUCUAUAUACGACGUAGAUCAAGAAAUAGGUAAGAGGACUCAUACAAUACCGUUGCUGCCAGAAGACAGAUUUCUUUGCAGUUUCAGUCAUAUCUUUGCAGAUAAAUAUGCAGCAGGAUAUUACAGUUAUCAGUGGGCAGAGGUAUUAUCUGCAGAUGCUUUUUCUGCAUUUGAGGAGGCUGGGUUGGAUGAUGAUCAGUCUCUUAGAGAAAUGGGGCGUAGAUUUCGUGAAACCAUUCUUGCCCUUGGAGGUGGGAAGGCACCCAAUGAGGUGUUCCUGGAGUUUCGAGGUCGUGAACCUACACCGGAUGCAUUUCUCCGCUACAACGGCUUGUUGCCCGCCGUUGCUGCUGCGUGAUGGUCACCUUUUCUCACAUAUCAUGUUGAAUUCAAAAUGGUGUAAGUUUAUUAUAUGUAUAAAACUGGUGGAUUUGCAACAUGACAUGGGUUCUUUC